UUAAAAAAUAUUAUAUAUUUUUAUGAACCACAAAAUAAAUAUACACAAAAUAAUAAUACAUAUAAAAAUAUAUAAAAGUAGUUAUAAUUACGAUAUAAAAUAAAAGUUAAAAAAUAAAAAUAACAUCAUAAAAAUGAAAUAUAAAACUAAUUGUAGAUUUAGGUUAAAUUAAAUAACUAAGAGUUAAUUCUAGGUUAGAUUAUAAAUAAUUUUUAAAUGUAAGUUAAAUUAUGAUUAAAUUUGAAUCUUUCUUAUAACUCAAAAUUUGUCUUAUUUUAUUUCUUGAAUAUUAUUAGGAAAUUAGAAAUAGAGGAAUCGAAAAAAAAAUUUGAUUUCCUAAAAUAGAAAUUAAUUAUAUUUUUUAUUUACAAUUUGCAUAAAUAAAGAAAACUAAAAUAAAAUCUAUUAAAAAUUUUUUUAAAAUACGUUUUAACAAAUGUGUUGAGAUAUUUUUAAUAAAUGUUUAAAAACAUAUACACAAUUUUAUUGGUUGAUUCAAGCAAAUACAUAACGAAAUUUAUAACAUGAAGUAUGAAGGCAAGUCCAUAAUAUUCGUACUUAGUCAUUCGAGAAAUGCGCGCGCAAUCGUAGAAGCCGCAGACGACACCGGCACUGUUUGCCACGAGUCGAACGAAAGUGUACAAGAAAAAGAAAAGAGAAAGAUAGAAGGAGAGAACAAGAAAGAGAGAGAAGGAGGAAGCUUUAGGAUUGUUGAGAGGGGGUAACAUACGGAAAGAGGAGAGGAGAGCAACAGCGUAAGCGACUAGCGCGCGCUGUGGUGUGUGUCGUCGGUCGGUCGGUCGGUCGUCGCCGCCAUGCUAGUGGUUAGUUUAGUGAACCAAACAUCAUGAUGUGGCAAAACGUUCGCACGAGCUAAGACUGAAGUAACGCCGCGUUACCGGCGCGCCGUCGUUAUGUUAUCCAUAAUAACUCACGACGUUCGAUAAGCGUAAACACAUAACGUGAAAAGUACAAAGCUUGAUAAAAACUCCACGGCGACUGCGGCAACGAAAAACGUUGGAGUGCUCGAUUCCUGCGUGCGGAACAAUAACCGCACAAUACUACGUCAAUCCCGAUGUAAAUUAAAGUCAAAUCAUAUAUUCGAACGAACAUUACGGAAUUAUCAUUGUCACGGUACACGUUAGGAGUGACGAGUGCCAACGAUCAGCCUCCAUCGCGCGGCAAGGAGACGAUCACGAAUCGUAUACACGGUACGGAACAUUUACGCUCCUAUCCAACGAAAGAAAGAGCAAGAGAGAGUAUGUAUAUAUGUUGUAUGUGUGCGCGCGCUUGCAUGCAUGAUAAGGAAAAUAUACAUAUGUCGUGUAUGUAUUUUUGUGGGUUGUAUAUGUGCGCGUGCGUGUGUAUGCCAUUGUGAGUACGAGAAAAGAGACGUGUGUAUGCAUAUGUAUAUGAAUAAGAUGAAAAAAGAGAGUGAAAGAAGAGUAAGAUUAACAAACGAGAGCGAAAAUGAAAGGUAGAAAAAAAAAAAACAAGCAUGUAUGUACAAACAUUGUGAUGAUAUGAGCAAGAACAAACUACAAUAUUCCCGCGGAAUUUGCCCAACACGCAGUUUAUGCUGGAUCCAAGUGUUUUAACAGAUUUAGAGGAACUGACGCUUUGCAGCUAUUGCAAGCAGAAGUAUAACGAUACGGAACAAUGUCCGAAAUAUCUUAGUUGCAAGCAUUAUUUUUGUUUGCGUUGCAUAGAAAACAAUUUGUUAAAGGGACGUGAGUUGUUUUGUGCGCAUUGUUGGAAGAGGACGGAUCUAGGUGAUCAAGGACCGGAUGCUCUACCAACACAUUCUUCUCUCCUUGCUCUAACAAAUAAUUUGUCUCACUUAAAAAUCACCACGAACAACACAUCUGGAAAAACGAAUGAUAAGGAGAGAAAGAGUGAAAAUUGUCACACGCACGGAAUGCCUUUGGCAUUAUGGUGUGCGACAUGUUGCUCAGCACUUUGUAGAGCAUGCGCUACUCCACAAGAACAUCCAGGUCACCAGAUUAAAUCACAAACUGAUGCCAAAGAACAACUCAUAUCCGAUGUUCAACUGGAAUUAGUUGCUAUGGGAAAGUUAUCGACCGAGAUUCAAAGACUGGCUAUGCAACAACGUGAAUUCUUAAUAAAAGUUUUAGAAGCUUGUGUAACGUUAAAAACGCAUGUUGAGACAGAUCUUCAGAAUGGCUGGAGUCAUUUUCCUGAAAUAACAGAUGCACGAGAAACUCUUGGAAAAGCGAAAGCUAGUCUACAGAUGAUCGACAGUCCUAGUGAUGUAUACAAUUUACAUUCACAACUCAUAAUAGAAAAACAAAGAUUGCAAUCGAAAUAUCAAGAAAUGAUGUUGCAGUGUCAACUCGAUGAUUUAAUUGGUAACUCGGGGGUGGUAUUUGAUUUUGCGUUAUUGAAACAAGCAUUAGCUGGAAUUCAUACAGGAGAACCGAUUAUUUCUCAAGGAACGAGUAAUGGUGGUAGAUUACCAAAUCAUUUGGCGGCUUCACAAAAUCCAAUACUGUUCCUCGCAAAUUAUUGUAUGUCGCAGUUAUAUUCAAGACAUGUAGUGAGUAAGCAACAUAUGCAAAACGGUUCUAUAGAAUAUCAUUCAAGUAUGAUGCAGCCGCAACCAGCUCCACCGGGUUCUGUUCAUGUACAUCAAGGUCCACCGCCGCCCGCAACCCCGCAGCAACUUCUCAUUCCACCUGGUUCGCCGUCCGUUAAACCUAUUCCGCCCGCGCCUCCGAACGCAAUGUUACAUCCACAACAACAAUCAACGUUUAUACCAGAAGGAGUUGGUACUGGUGGCGGAAGUUUGGUAACCGUCCACUCAUCCUCUCAACCGCCGUCCAGCGGAAUAGCAGCAUCACUUCGAGGACCUUCGAACCCUUAUCCUCUAUAUUAUUUCAACAUUGAAGUAAAUGGAUCUCCACACGGUCGUAUCGUAAUAGAAGUGAGGCCAGAUGCAGCGCCGAAAAUGGCAAAAAAUUUUAGUGUAUUGGCAACGGGUGAAGUUGGAGUUGGCUAUAAAGGUUGCACAAUUUUUCAGUGCUGGGAGGGUGAAUCCGUGAUUACUGGUGAUUUUGAAUUAAACAAUGGUCGCGGAGGAAGAAGCAUAUUCGAGGAUGGAUACUUUAUGCCGGAUGACACAAAAUUUCCUGCAGUAAGAGGAGCAGUCGGAAUGCGGAGAACACAAAAGCGACAUGAUAAUCUUGGUAUGGUGGGUUCACAAUUUCGUAUAAUAUUACAAGAAAUGCGCGGGUUCACAGGAAUCUUUGGUCAUGUCGUUGAAGGAUUAGAAUUAGUUGAAAAGAUAUCUACAUUUGGCGAUCAAACGGGCAAGCCUACGAAGAAUAUUUUAAUUACGAAAUGCGGUAAAUUGUAACGAUAACACUAUUGCGAUUAGUAUACACCGAAGGGUAAUCAAGUAUUACUCGUAUACUUUGCAUUUCCCCGCUCUAGAUAACUUAAAAAAAAAAAACAAAAAAAAAAAACAAAAAACAAAAAAAAAACAAAAAAAAAUAAAGAAAAAAGAUUCACGAGUUCGCGACGGUAUCUCUAAAGUAUUCGAUAUAGGGAAUGGGGUGUUUAAAUAAACAAAAAAUUAGGUAUAUAUAAUAUCCGAUGAUAAAUGAUAUUACAUGUAUAGAGAUACCGUCGUGAUCACAUAGCUCCAUGAAUCACGAUGCUCCGUAUGAGUCACACAAUUUAAUUAACUAUUAACAAUAGAAUUCUAAAGAUGUUGAAUCUAUUUUUAAAAGUGGACGCAUAAGAGAAGAAAGAAGAAAUAAAGAUCCAUAUUUUGCUAUUGAUUGAGAAUCAAUAAGAUUCUGUAUCUACAAUAACGACGAUGAUCGAUAAUACGUACCUCAAGAUCGAUCGUGAUAUCGAUACGACUUCUAGCUGUACGACAUUUGUUUUAGAAGAAGUUCGACGUUUAUUUUGGCUAUUGGCAUAUUGCUAUGUAUAGUUGAUAUAGAGGGUAUCGCACGGGAUUAAAAAGUGCCGUGAUUAACGGCGUCGCCCUGUGGGCGUUGCUAAUGUUUUAGAUCAUAAGUAGUAAAAACAAAAAGAAAAAAAAACGUGUAGAUGAGGAAUACGAAAAAUGGGCAAACUUGUAUGUGUAUACACAUACAUUCAUAUAUUUGUAAAAAAAAAAAAAAAAAAAAAAAAAAAAAAAAAAAAAAAAAAAAACGAAAAAGCAAACAGAAACGUACAGACGAAAACUUUUUUUUUUGUUUUAUAAUCGAAAAAAAUAUGACUUCGUAAAAGUCAAAAGGUCGUGAUUUCAUAUACGCAGGUCGUUUAGAACAUUAAUGAACGAUACGUCGGUACGUAAAAGGGCCAAUUUUAUUUCGUCUGGUCAACGAUCACGUAUCGUUCCGUUUCUUUUUCCAGAGGAGAGAAAAGGAGCUAAAAGGGAAUAAGUAAUUUUGCGAUGAAACGAGUCAAGGAAAAUUGCGGUUCCUAUCGGAUGACUCAAGGAUACUCCUCCCUUUUUGCUCUUUGCCAUGGUCUAGUAGACCGUCGUAAAUUAACUGUAUUUAAGAUUAGAUCUCAACAUGAAAAUGUAUGCAAGGCCUAACUACUACUAUGUAGAUUGUAAGCCUCGUCGUCUGAUCAGAAAAAAAACGAACGAAAUGAGCGAAUGUAUAUUAUAAACGAAUCAUUCCUCGAUGCUGUAUAUCGAAGUACUACGAUAAUGUAAUGCGUUAUACUACUCGUCUGAAUCCUCGUAAAAAUCCCAUCGUUAUAUAUCAUAUUAUCAUGUACCCGUGUGCGAAAAAAAGCGUCGUAAAAAAAGUGUUCUGCAAACCGGCGCGUAAAAACAAAAAGCGCACUCACGUAUUGUAGGAAAUUGCACGCCCUCGUCGUCGCGAAUGCCUUUUUUCGAAGAAAGCCUCAUUCGAUGUUGAACUUGAAAGUUUUAACACUUGUUAAUUAGCUAAUUCAUCGUUUGCAAUGGUAUAAAGAAAGGAAAACUCAUUGCAUUACGAUGAAUGUAAGAAUCGCCGUUAGAAUUAAAUGAUACUGCGUAAUACGUACGACGAUCGAAGGGUGGUCGAGCUCGAAUGAAUUUCUCUUGUUUCGGUCGUUGUGAAAAGAAAAAAAAACGAAAGACGUCAGUCGACAUUUUUGAAUCUAGGUGCGUAUAAAUUCAUGUUUACCGAAGCGAGUGAAGCUAGAAGCCCACCUGUAUACACAAAAUAUCCACGCGCGCGCGUGUAUAUAUGUACAUAUAUAUAUCUAUAUAUACUAUAUAUAUGUAUAAAUGUAUAUGUAUAUAUAUAUACACAUUACAUAUAUUUUUAUGAACGUGAUGAGGUAACAACGCAUAGCUUGUAAUAUCAAUUCUAACAACCGAUUUACUUUGCCCCUCGCGUUCGAAUUAAACGGUUGAGCGGCUAUAAUUUUUCGAUAAGUUUUUCUUUCCACCUUUUAUUUUUUUUUUUUCAUUCUCUCUCCUGUUUCCUUUUCUUUUUCUAUUCCUCAUUCACCCUUUUUAAGUUAAGGCGUAAUCAUCAUUACAUACGAAAAUUGAGGUCAUUUUGUUUACAGCCUACGGAAACGCAUAUCCGUAGUGCACAUGCUUAAACAGUUUUAUUAUUUCAUUAUACAUGUACGAAGUUCGUUGCCCAAUUUAAAUGUACUUUUAAUCAAUCAAUUUUGAGUUAUAAACUGUUUCUCUUUCA